ACGCAACACCCGGGAGGGCACGUUCUCUUGCUUGAAAUGUCAACACCGCAGACGACGAUGCACCUUCGAGCCCGCCAGCAGCUCCAGCUGCAUGUAUUGCUGCAGCCGAGGGUUAGAAUGCAUUAGCCAAGCCUUUGCUAAACCAUCGAGAAAUGACUAUGAGCAAGUAGAGGACCGCAUCCAGCACGUUAAAUUGCUUGUCGAUCGACUACUUCGCCAGCAGAAUGCCCGACCGGAGUUACUGCCACAGCCUACAGUGAGCGACCCAGAGACGAAACCCUCGCUCUUUAGUCAAAGCGGCCUCAAUGCAGAAUCCGCCACUUGUGGCUGUCUCUGCACUUUGCGAUUGACACAAUCCCAAUAUCCGGCUUAGGACCCCUCUCAUACAUUCCUGAUCCUCCCACCACUUUCAUGGUCUUAGAUAAGGGCAAAAUUUUUUUUUUCCAUUUCAAGCCGGUGGUAUCAUGGCGAGGCAGUCACUCCCCCGCGAUACCUGAGGCAGAGGAUGCCGACACGGCGCUAGAACCGCCGGAGUCAGCC